UUUUCAGUUUUGAAUCAUUAAUGUCAUUAAAUUAUAUAAAAGAUCCUGCUUCUCAAGUGCCAACACUUUCUACUGGUAGUUCUGGUGUCGAUUCAAUUGUUCGUUAUUACCAAAAUGGUACCGAGGAAGUGAAGAAUUUGUUGAAGAACGAAUGCUGUGUGAUUUAUGAGUGCAGCUAUUGUCGUGCUCUUUUUCGUUCAAUUAUCAAUUUUAUCGCUCACAAGCGUACGAUUUGCCGAUCUUUACAAUCACAUAUACAAACAGAACAACUUUCUGAGGUGAUCAAAAACGCCAAAGAAGGCCUAACUAACGAUCAACAACCAGAAAACGAAGAAAUUGGUGCCAAUGGUGGAGGUAAUAAUGGAAACAAUAACCUGGUUGCAAAACGAAAUGUUAAAAAUGUUCGAGCACUUCGUCGAUUUAAUCCAGUAGGGAAUAUUGCAAAACAUAUUCGUCCAGUGAAUGUUCAUCUUGAAAAGGCUAAUUCCAAUAUUGAGAUACAAACUUUACCAAAAGUUAUUCGUCAAGUAGCAAAAACUACAAUUAUUGAUGGAAAACAAGUUAUUGAACAGCUUCCCGUUGGAAUGACAAUAAAAGAACAAAUACCGGAAAACCGCGUAGCGUUAGUUAUUCCACGUGAAAACAGCACACGUUGCGGCGAAAUGCAGUUAAGGCGUAGACGAUCUAUACAAUUAAAGAAAUUGGCUAAUGGUGGGGAUGGAGGUGGAAACAGUGGGAAUGGGGACGCGGAACUUCAUGAAUUGACAUUGGAACAAAUUGCUAUAUUGGAACGCAUACCAUCUGCAAUACCUGUUGAUUUUGUUCAUUUACGUUGCGAAGAUGAAAGAUGCACAACAAAUGGCCAGAGUUCAUUUACUAUGUUAGCUGCUCUCGCUCAUCAUCUUGCAAUUCAACAUCAAACUGAAUAUACUGAAGAAGCAUUGUUGAAAAACCCGGCACCGCACAUCAAAUGCUUCUUGUGUGAUGAACCUGCGUUUAAAAAACUAGAAGAUCUUCAAAAACAUUUCAAUACUGUUCACACAUCCGUUCGUGAACAACACAUCAAAGCUCGUUUUGAAAAGUUUAGCUCAGACUCUAGUAGGCGUAGAGUAAGUCACAAAAUUUAA